UUGCGCCAACAGCCGCGCGGUGUGAACGCUUCCGAGGAAUAGUUUCGCGGCUUCCAUAUCCUCUCGAUAGUAUCGCACGGGGUCUCACGCGAUCUCGCUGGAUCGUCGCGAUCGAUCACAUGGUGCACCGUGCGUUCCCGUUCUAAAAUCCCGGAGUGCGAGAAAACGAGCGAGCGCGCGGGCCGCGAUCUCUCGGGGGUUGUUUCAUCCCUCGAGCUUGACAGAAGAUCCGCCGUGAAUCUCGGUGUUGUGCUCGCGCUUUGUUGACAUCGAACCGUUGACAGUUCUCGAGCAGUUUCAUCCCCUGAAACCACGGAAUGAUCGCGAACUGGUGUAGCUGCGAGCAUCGAAGAGCUCGUCGCGAGCGUCACUGAACGGUCGAUCGGAUCGCUGGCAUCGAUCUUUUGAACCCCGAUGACGUGCUUGGGGUGGCUCCAUCCCUUAAAGUUGGGAGAAGAUCGCGGAACGGAAAUAGUGCGGAACGAUUUGCAGGUCUGCGAUCGCAGACGAAGUUGUCGCAAGUGUACGAUGCGCCGAUUACAGAAACAUCGUCGUGUUCUGAAAAUCGUCGACACCUUCGGCUAGUGUCGUCCCUUCGAAUUGGACGAGGAUCGCGCGGGAAACGAAUAGCAGCAGAUCUCUCGAGCGAUCUAUCGAUAUUUCUAGUUUAAUAUAUAUCAUCUGCGGAUCCUAAAAAUCGUUGAUUGUCUUCUUCUGUGCUCUACCGUCAUCCCCUAAAAUUCGGAACGAAUCAGUGCCGAAUCCGGUGUUUUCCGACCGAUGCUUUCGGACCGUUUGCAUCCCCAAAAUGAAAACAAGCCGAUGGUGAAUCAACGUGCGCCCCGAGUGCAUCUCUGUCGCGCGUCGAAUGCGCGGACACUUUUCUGGGAAGUUCAUCCCCUGAGAGAAGAAGAUCGCCGAAUAAGGACAGUGGUGAGUCACGCUUUCUAAACGAACUACCGUGUCGGGAGAAUCGGAAUCCGCGGUGCCGAUUAGAUAAAUGGCAUCGAAUCCUGGAAACCAACGGCGCGUACAGUUCCACGGAAGGCCGGCGUGCAGGAACACGACGUUCCAUUGAUAAUCCGACUCGAUGUACAAUGAUCCAACACGCGGUCGGAUCCGCAAGUAGGUGUGACUGCGGGCUCGCCACACAUUCUUGAGUUGUUUGAUGGGCUACCUUGGGCGAGAAUAGGCGGAAAGCAGUCGCAACCGGAGACCUCGAGCUUCGUUUCCACGCGAUGAAGAGAAGAAGGAAGUGAAAGAUGCUGAGAAUCGCGUCAAUCGUGGGCCUGUUGGUCCUGAUGUUCGUCACGACGGUCUCCGCUGCGAAUCGCUGCCUGACAAUGCGCGACGAGGUCACUCCGAAGCAAACGAUCUACGUGAACAAACGGGUGUUGCACAUCAACUUCGAGGUGUCGCGGAGGGUGACGCAGCGGCUGUCCUCGCAGAUCAUGAAGAUAUUCCUGCAGGAGGUGCUGGGAUACGGGAACGUGAACGUCCUCGAGAGUGACGACAACUUCGACCUGUUCGAAACGAUCACGAGACUGGCGAACGCAACUUUCGUGAUCAUGAACGACAGAUCGAACAAGUCGGACAUAGAAAAGCAGCCGCUGGUGAACAUGGAGACCUGGUUCCCGUCGCAAAUAGACCCAACGCCCUUCUACAGCGACUACGAAGACAUCGUGAAGGACUUAGGCUCCGUAGGCCCACGGGGCCAAUUCGGUUGGUUCGUCCCGGAAGCGUUGUCCAGGACCGGAGAGUCCUGGGCCACGUUCGCCAGGCCCGACACCGCGGCACGAUUCAACGUAGACGAGGAGACCCUGUCCAUGAUCAGGAACUACACGGUGGAUCCGUACACCAAGCAGUAUUAUUGCAACGAAAGCUUCUGUCGCCAAGGAAUGUACGUUCCCGAACAGUGCCAGGGUGGACAGCCCUGCGCUCUGUUGCUCACCAGUCGUCCGGACGUCACCAGCUUCGUGCGGGCAGAUAUCGACGAGAUGAAGCUGUUCGUAAGAGUCGUCUGGGUCGGUCCGAACCUGAAGCAUCUGACCGAGACUUUGACCAGCGACUAUUUGAAGCAGGACCGUAAGACGAUGGCGCCUGCUGGCAGCAGAUCGCUGGUGUUCCUGCACUGGGCCCCGAGCAGCAUCGUUUCGAACGAGGCGGACUUCCGUGCGAUUCUGUUCCCGCGUUGCAAGUCGCCGCAGUCGAAGGAGGUCAGCUGCGGCUACAAGAGCAGCCGGUUGACGAAACUGGUCUGGAGGAGGCUAGAGUUCGCGGCGAAGUCCGCCUACGAGGCGAUCAACGCCGUGAACUUCGAGGACGACAUAUACGAGAAGCUGAUCGAUCGUUACAACAAGCAGUCGGGGACGAUGAGCGAGGAGGACAUCGCCUGCGGCUGGCUGAGGGACAACCUGGACUACGCGUUGAGGGAGUGGCUGCCUUACAAGAGCCACAACACCCUCUACGUCGGCGGUAUCUUUCCCAUGAACACGGCCUUCUACUCCGGCAAGUCGAUCUACGUCGCCAGCAUCAUGGCCAAAGAUGCUAUCAACGUCAACAGGACCGUUCUCGCGAACUAUAACAUGUCGGUGAUGGCCAAGAAUGGACAGUGCAAGUCGGACAUGGUGCUCAAGUCGUUCGUCGACUUCGUGAUCACCAAGGAGUUCGACAAGAUGAUCGGAGUCCUGGGCCCCGCGUGCUCGGAGACCGUGGAGCCUUUGGUCGGGGUCUCCAAGCAUUAUCACAAGGUUGUGAUCAGCUACAGCGCCGAGGGUUCCACGUUCAACGAUCGCACGAAAUACCCGUACUUCUUCAGGACGAUCGGCGAGAACAAACAGUACAAGCACGUGUAUCUGGAGCUGUUCAAGAAGCUGAAGUGGAAACGGGUGGCGGCUCUGACCGAGGACGGCCAGAAGUACACGGAAUAUAUAUCGUAUAUGGAGGACAUAUUGAGGACAAACGGGAUCACGUUCGUCUCGAACUUCAAGUUCCCGAGGGAACGCGAGUCGGGAGGGAUGACGAAGUAUCUGCAAGAUCUGAAGGAGAAGAAGGCGAAGAUCAUCAUCGCAGACGUGAACGAUCAAGUGGCGAGACAGGUGAUGUGCGAGGCAUCCAGGCUGGAGAUGACCGCUGCACAGGGCUACGUUUGGUUCCUGCCAGUCUGGCUUCGACCGCAAUGGUACGACACGGAUCGCUACAACGAUACCGGCGACACCGUUCCGUGCACCACCUUGGAGAUGAGCAAAGCGAUCAACGGCUACCUCGGCAUCUCGCACGCGGCAUUCGGCUCCAACGAUGCCAUCAUGCAGGAGAACAUCACCGUCCGGGCAUGGCGCGAUCGAUACGAACAGAAGUGCAAGGAUAGCGGUCAGCCACCCUCCAAUUACGCUGGUUACGCUUACGACGCGAUGUGGACUUACGCGUACGCGAUGGACAAACUGCUCAAGGAGAACGAGUCCUACGUCUUCACCCUUCACAACCCGCAGACCGUAGACAGGCUGACGACUAUCAUCGGCGAGAUGGACUUCUAUGGGGUGUCGGGGAGGAUCAACUUUCUGGGCGGUCCGUCGAGGUACUCCGUGAUCAACAUCCUCCAAUACAUCGAUAACGAGACCCGACUAGUGGGCAACUUCUAUCCGAACGUCUCGACGGAGAAGCAGGAAAUAGUCGGCGGUAGAUUGGAGCUGAACGACUCCGCCAUCGUUUGGCUGUCCCAUAAAGUGCCGGACGAUGGCUCGGAGCCGCCCCAGAGGUGCGUAAUAGCAGGCUUCGCGGACUUCCUGAACGUGUCCUGCGGCGUCGCCUUCGUCAUCGUGAACAUAUUCGGUAUCGGUGUGCUGGCUAUGACGGUGAUCAUCGGUUUCAUCAUCAUCAAGAGAAAGUACGACGAGAAGGUGAAGUUCCACGAGAUGUACAUGAAAUCUUUGGGCCUGGAUUUCACGCAGGGGAACACCUCGGACUUGGACAAGUGGGAGAUCCCUCGAGACAGAGUAUUGAUCAAUCGGAAGCUGGGGGAGGGUGCCUUCGGCACAGUUUACGGCGGCGAGGCCUUCUUCCCCGACAACGGCUGGCUGGCCGUGGCGGUGAAGACUCUGAAAGUCGGCAGCUCCACCGACGAGAAGCUGGACUUCCUCAGCGAGGUGGAGGUGAUGAAGAGGUUCGAGCACAAGAACAUCAUCAAGCUGCUCGGUGUCUGUAUCAAGGGCGAGCCGGUGCUCACCGUGAUGGAGUUCAUGCUCUACGGGGACUUGAAGACCUACCUUCUCGGUCGUAGACAUCUCGUGAACGAUCAAAGUUACGAGGACUCCGACGAGAUCUCUAAUAAAAAGUUGACCGCGAUGGCGCUGGACGUGGCCAGGGCACUUAGCUACCUGGCGCAGCUGAAGUAUGUUCACAGGGACGUUGCGUCUCGCAAUUGCUUAGUCAACGCUCAACGCAUGGUGAAGCUUGGGGACUUCGGCAUGACGAGGCCCAUGUACGAGCACGAUUACUACAAGUUCAAUCGCAAAGGAAUGCUGCCAGUUAGAUGGAUGGCUCCAGAGUCGUUAGGCCUCGGGGUCUUCACUCCAGCUUCGGACGUCUGGUCCUAUGGCGUCCUACUCUACGAGAUUAUCACGUUCGGUAGUUUCCCGUUCCAGGGGAUGAGCAACAACGAAGUAUUGGUCCACGUGAAGGCCGGGAACUCGCUGGUUGUCCCUAAAGGAGUCAGACUACAGUUGGAGUACUUGAUAUACUCCUGCUGGAGGACGGACCACACGAAGAGGCCGACGGCGCCGGAGAUCGUGGACUUCCUGGCGACGAAUCCUCGGAUCCUGUCGCCGUGUUUAGACGUUCCUAUAGCCAGCGUGCAGAUAGAGCACGCCGGGCAAAUCGACUUGCAGCUGACGGAGAACAACCGGAAGUUCUCGUUGUCCUGGCCGCACCGGCAGAACAGUCGAUCCUCGACGUCCGCCUCGAGCCCCCUCGAAAUUCCGAAUCCCCCUCUCCUGGACAUCACCUGCCACGACAACAAGACCCCGGAGUGUCUGUUGGGCGACGUGGUCGGCGACAUAGAGAGCUCGAAGCCGUUGUUGCCCAACAACGACAAGUCGGGGCCGGCGAUCAGCCUGCAGUACUUCCAGCGCAACGAAGACGAGGGUCCUAAGUACGUGAACGUGCAGCCGGGAAUGGCGAAUCAUACCGGGGCGAAUCACAGCAGCUCGACCGUUCAGAUAGAGGACAGGAACAGCAAGCCGACGGAGAACCGGAACAGCAAGCUGCCGGAGAACAGGAACAGCAGGCUGACGGAGAACAGGAACUCGGAGGACGUGUCGAUUCUUUGACAGCAGCGACAGCGAGUGAUAGCCAGGCAGAAAUCGAUGGUGUACCUCCGCAGGCGAGCCGAGGGCAUAUUUGGAAAAUAUGCGAAACGGCCGUACAGGAAGAGCAGCGUUUAGUAUGCCGGGGUAACUUCCGGCGGCCGAUGACAGCCACUUCCGGUAGCGUACUUCCAGGUAGCUGACUCAGUUGACGCUGGGAAGAGAAGUCGAGAGAGAGUUCUUGGAACAUCUGGAAAUACUUGUCACGAUUCUUAUCGGGCUCGAUGAUUAAUUAGCUGACUGCGGACUUUAUGCAAACAUUGUCGAGCAAAAUUCAGAACCGGAAGAAUCUAAAAUUUAAAAAUAUCAAUAUCAUAUUAUUGAU